AUGGCUUUUUCUUCUCCUGGUUCCGGUGCAUGCAUGCUUUCUCCUCCUCUUCCAUUCUUCUCUUCAUCACAAAAUAACUUUCAUUCCAAAUCCCUUCAUUUUAAUACCCUCGAUGAUGCCCUCUCUUCUUUCAAUCGACUGCUUCAUAUGCAUCCUCCUCCCUCCAUUGUUGAUUUCGCUAAACUUUUAACCUCCAUCGCUAAAAUGAAACACUACUCCACUGUGCUUUCUCUUUCUACCCAAAUGGAUUCUUUUGGAGUUCCCCCCAAUGUUUACACUCUUAACAUCCUCAUUAACUCUUUCUGCCAUUUGAAUCGAGUGGGUUUUGCUUUCUCCGUUUUAGCCAAAAUCCUCAAACUUGGGCAUCAACCCGACCCUACGACCUUCACCACUCUGAUUAGGGGGCUGUGUGUUGAGGGUAAAAUUGGUGAAGCCCUCCACUUGUUUGAUAAAAUGAUUGAUGAAGGUUUUCAGCCCAACGUGGUUACAUAUGGAACAUUGAUAAAUGGGUUAUGCAAAGUGGGCAACACUAGUGCCGCUAUCAGGUUACUUAGAAGUAUGGAACAAGGAAAUUGUCAGCCUGAUGUAGUUAUCUAUACCUCCAUCAUUGAUAGCCUUUGUAAGGACAGACAAGUAACCGAGGCUUUCAACCUUUUCUCACAGAUGGUCGGUCAAGGCAUUUCACCUGAUAUUUUUACUUACACCUCACUAGUUCAUGCGCUAUGUAAUUUGUGUGAGUGGAAACAUGUUACAACACUGCUUAAUCAAAUGGUAAAUAGCAAGAUACUGCCAGAUGUAGUUAUCUUUAGUACGGUGGUGGAUGCACUCUGUAAAGAAGGAAAGGUCACGGAAGCACAUGAGAUAGUCGACAUGAUGAUUCAAAGAGGUGUGGAGCCUGAUGUAGUCACCUACACUACCUUGAUGGAUGGACACUGUUUGCAAUCUGAAAUGGAUGAGGCAGUUAAAGUAUUUGAUAUGAUGGUUCGUAAGGGAUUUGCCCCUGAUGUUAUCAGCUAUACAACUUUGAUCAAUGGUUAUUGCAAGAUUCAUAAGAUAGAUAAGGCCAUGUAUCUCUUUGAAGAAAUGUGUCGAAAAGAAUGGAUUCCUGACACCAAGACUUACAACACUCUUAUGCAUGGCUUGUGCCAUGUGGGAAGACUCCAAGAUGCAAUAGCACUUUUUCAUGAGAUGGUAGCUCGUGGCCAAAUGCCAGAUCUUGUCACUUAUAGCAUUUUAUUGGACUCUCUAUGCAAAAAUUGUCAUCUUGAAGAAGCUAUGGCUUUGCUUAAAGCUAUUGAAGCUAGUAAUUUGAAUCCUGAUAUACAAGUUUAUAAUAUCAUCAUUGAUGGCAUGUGUAGGGCUGGUGAACUUGAGGCUGCAAGGGAUCUCUUUUCCAAUCUCUCCUCCAAAGAGGAUGAUAGGAGGUACUUCAUUUUUAUUCCAGAGGGUUUUGACCUUUUGGGUUGGGAAUUUAUGAGAUGUAAGUUGAAGGAGUUAGCUAAAAUUGGUGAGGUCUCUAAGAGUGGAACAAAGGCCUCUCGGCCUUUGGGAGGAGGGCAUGGACUUUCUCUUGUUAGACCUGAUUUAAGCAAUGUGAAUGCAACUAAGAGAAUGGCAACAGGGGAAAGAAAAAGGAGUGAAGAAGUGUGGAUUGAAGUUGGAAAUGAGGCCUACACCUCGAAGCUGAAAGAUCUCAGCCGUUUUUUGGUGGGAAGAUGGGAUGCGGAGGAUGAGAAGGGACCCGACUUAAGGGUGGUGGAGAUUUGGGCUAACACCCAGUGGAGCUUCUGUGGUAAAGUGAGGGUAGCUGCAUUAAGAGAUGCAUUGUUCCUUUUUGAAUUUUCCAAUAAGGGUGAUGCUCAAAGAGUGCUUCAGGAGGGGAGUCGCCUGCUCAAGGGGGUUCGCUUAUCCCUAGACUGGUGA